AUAUAUCCGCUUGACCAUGUCACUUUUUUCAAAUUCAAACGGUUUUCUCACCCUUUCCUAUAUAUAUCCUUCAUCUCUACUCAUUUUAACACACCUUUUUCACUUCAAAAUCUCCUCUAUUACAUAAUUCUUCAUCAUUUUGCUUCAAUCAUGGCCGGAGGAAAGAAGACAAAGGCUUCCAAGAAGAAGGGCAAUGCCGAAGCUACGACCUCUGCGCCCCAGCCAUUUCCGUACCUGGACGGAUCCUUCUUGGAGUUCGGGUCGGAAGAGGAACUCUCUCGCUUCAUCACCCACUUCGCCAAGCGCCCCAUCUCUCCGCCAAGAGUGCUGCCCGAGAUAUACCCUCAACAAAAGGGGUACCACGACCUCGACAAUCAACUCAAAGAGUCGGGUCUGUGGUCGUUCGUCUCCAGAAGCCGUCAAUCAUACAAACCCGCCUACGUCCGGGCUUUCUACUCAAAUCUCCGCCGGGACGGGGACACCAUUCACAGUAGCAUCAAUCUCUACGACAUAGAGAUUGAUUUGGCUACCUUCGCUCGGGUGGCAGGGCUGCCCACCCGCGGUGACGACAUCGCAACAUAUGGAGGCGAUGAUUGGAUCCUCAACAAUGAGGCGGUGGUCAUCCGAGAGCUGGGAAUCACCAACCUCGUCCGUCACAGCGGCGCACCAACCAUUCACUCAGCCCCGCCAGAGAAGCGUCUUCUACUCUAUAUCCUCACCCGGAUUCUUCGCCCCUGGGACGGUAGCCACACGUGCCUCUUCAACGAGGAUCUCAAGGCCGUUCAUGCUAUCACCCAUGGCGCCUCAAUCAAUUGGGCAAAAUACGUCAUGAUUCACAUGGCGGAUUGCGCCUCCAUCACCAACGAGCGGAGCUUGCCAUACGCCUUUCUCGUCAUGGACCUCAUCGUCUCCGCCGACAUCCACAUCGCCGGCCCGGAUACAAAGAUGACGAAGAUUUGGAUCAUCUAAGAUAGCACCUUCCGGAAGAAGUCCGG